AUGCGUCGCUCCGUCGCUCUCUGGGCCCUUGGGGCCCUCGCCUCCCUCGUCGCGGGCUCACCCGAGGACAACGCCGUUCAGACGGGCCAGGUCGCCAGCAGUAGCCUUGUUCACCACCUCACUCAGGUCCACAUGUACAGCGCUCGAUGCGCCGAAUGCUGCACGCUCACUUGUCCUAGCGUGAUCAAGACUAUUAUCUAUGUGAACCAGACUGUUACUGAGAAGCAAACUGUCACGGCCACGACCACGGCUACGGCUACGACCACGGCCACGCAGCACGACGUGUCAACCAAGCUUGAGUACACGACAGAGUUCCAGACCACGACAACGACGGCGACAUACAAAACUUCUUAUCCCGUGACAGUGACCAAGACUACAAACUGCAAGCCGAGACCUGCGCCAACCCAGACAGGGUACAAGGUGAAAGCUCGUGAUCUAGAUGAGCGAACCGAUCACUGGUGCGAGACUGUCACGACGACGGAAUGGAAGACUACCACGACCACCAAGGACGUCACGGUCAUCAAGUCGUCGGUCACCACGAAAACGGUGCUCGUGCCCACAACCGUCGCGGUGCCCACGACAAUUGAAGACACGGAGACGGUCACGCAGGUCCGCACGACUUCAGAGACAGUCUGGGUGCCCACGACGUAUACGCAGACGACAACAUACUCGACCACGUACCCAGUCACGGUUACACGCGAUCAUACGGUAGUGACUACCAGCGUCGCCACCGAAUACAUCACAACCGUCUCCACGUAUACCACCAGCGUGCCGGUGGUGACGGAGGUGACCAAAGUUGUGACGCAGACAGCAACCGUGACCGCGCCGGGCCAGGACACGACCGUGACCUUGCCUGGAGAGACAAAGACGCUUCCUGGAGAAACGAAGACGCUUCCGGGAGAGACCAAGACGCUUCCGGGCCAGACCGUCGUCACCACAGUCACCACAUCGCUGCCAGGACAGACCGUGACGGUCACCAAGGACGGCCAGACAAUUACGACCACGCUACCCGGCACGACUGUAGUCACGACGACGACUGUGGUGAUUGGGCCAACGACAGUCACUGUUCCCGGUGGCACGGCCACGGUCACGUCAGUAUUCGACGUCACGCUCUGCCCGUCGCCAACUGGUGCUACGAAGCCGCUGCCGACGGACUCCGACCUGACCUUUGGCUGCAAGCCUGGGUACGUGUGCAACCCGCCCAAGCCCAAGGGGUGCAACUUGUGGCCCGACCCUCCCAGCAAGGACUACGUUUGCAAUCCUCAGGAAUGUAUCCCGGCCCCGGCAUUCAAGAAGGUCACUUGGCCGCCGAACGAGACGUCCUACUACCCGCCUCAGGAUGGCUACUUCAACCUGAACCCAGAAGCCUUCGGCCUGUCCUACGACAUCUUUGACUACAAGCUGUGUGAGAAGGUCAUCAAUGGCCACAAGACGACGAUUACAACUGGAAACUGGCAGUCCCAGGCUAGUCUUUCGCAAUGGCCGAAGCCGUCUGCCUCACCAUCCGGCUAUGACAAGCAUCGCCGCGAGCUCCACACGUUGAACAAGCGCGCAAUCACGCCCGGUGUCUGCUUCGCCGACUGCAACAACGCUUGGGUGAUUGCUCAGUCCAUUGGCAAGACGGAUGCGCUCUGCAAGGCUGGAUCCGACUUCCAGCAGGCCUACGCCAUCUGCGCGAAGUGCGUCACCGACAACGAGAAGGACAUCAAGGGCACAAUCCGUGACUAUAUCGGGCCCGAGUUUGCUCAGUACCUCGACUAUUGCUCCGGCUCAGGAACCAAGCCGACGUCAAGCUCCGCCUCGGCGCCUGACAGCGACAAGCAGCGGCGAUUUCACUCCCAUUUCUCCUUCGUCAACGCCGAGCGCGAGCUCGACGACCACGCCACCCUCGUCGACACCAUCAUCAACCUCGACGCCUCAGUCGUCGUCGCCUGCCACAUCUGCUACGUCUGA